GAGAGAGACAAACGCAGUGAAGUCUUGGUUCUUUUUCUUUUAGGGUUUUAGAUUUCGUCUCUCAGAGAACUUUUUUUUCCCGAAAGCUUCAGAGAGAUUUCCAACUUCGGCAGCCAUGGCGAGCACCAAAGUUCAAAGAAUCAUGACACAACCUAUCAACUUGAUUUUUAGGUUUCUCCAAAGUAAAGCUAGGAUCCAGAUUUGGCUUUUUGAGCAGAAAGAUUUGAGGAUUGAAGGAAGAAUCACUGGUUUUGACGAAUACAUGAAUCUGGUGUUGGAUGAAGCUGAAGAAGUAAGCAUCAAGAAGAACACCAGGAAACCACUUGGAAGGAUUUUACUCAAAGGAGACAACAUAACUCUGAUGAUGAACACGGGAAAGUGAUGUCUGUCUAAACAAACUCUACCCUGGAUUCGUAGAUCUCGAGCUUUGCGAUGACCUUCAAGCUUAUGUUAAAUAUAUGUUGAGUUCUUCCUCAGUUUAAUUGAUAUUUGACAAUGCCUUCCUCAAUGUCGUAUUAUAUUACAAUGUAGUGGCACCAUUGCGAAGCUAGUGGAUUGGUUCAAACUUCAAAAAGAGACCUUUUCUCCCUUUUGGUUUACUGUAAUGUGGAGUUUUCUUUACUUAUCGGCAUAAUACUUAUGUUUUAGAGUAUCUGUAAUAGAUGAAAAUGGAAUUGCUUCAUAAUUCAUCAAAUUACAUUUGACUAA